UAAAUUCCAUGUAGAUUGUCUCCCGCGGCAUUUUCCUGACGGUUGACAAAAAUUAACAUGGACUUUAUGUCCGGUUCAUAUGAUAACAACAGUUCAUUUGUUGUAUUUUUUGCAGAUAUUCUAUGCCACGUACAAUGGCAUAUAAUAAAUAUAUGUCGGUCCUUAUUCGCUUUCUGGUGGCGAUAUUCUUCACAAUUUCUGUUGGGAUUCUCCAGCAAUCUGAGCAGUGGUUACCACGCCCGGGCUUUAAACCUCCUCCAAAACAUAAGUCUUUCCAGUCCACUUCUCGUUUAUCUCUGACCAAGGAGUUCAGCCCCGAGAAUGAUACACCAUCAAACUCGUCAUCUCAAUCGAUUGCGUUUACGAGCAACGUGUACUCUUCAGCAGAUAUCAUAAGCCGGAAGGCAUCAUAUCAAGUCAAUGAAACCAUACAGAUCCGUAUUACUGCAAGGGACAUCCACAACGUCGUCAAGACUUGUGGAGGUGACUACUUCCGGGUCAAACUAUACACUGAAGAAACACAGUCAUCUUGGAGCAUUGACGUCACAAAGGACCUAGGAAAUGGUACCUACAUUGCUAAUGUGACUUUGCGAUGGCCUGGGAAGGUUGCAGUGAUUGUGACGUUGGUCCAUCCAAGUGAAGCGGUUCGGGUCCUGCAGAGGAUUCGAGUUGUUGAGCCUGGUAAAUCAAUCUUUACAGGACGUUACUUUAGGACAUCUGACUCGGGGGUCAAUGAAUUUGAAGAUGUGAUGUGCCUUCCAAAAGCUAUACAAAAUCACUCUCUCUGUAACUUCACGGAUGGAAGAACAGGAUAUCCUUGGUUCUGUGUAGCGCCCUCUAAUAAAAACUUGUCGUGUGAUGACUGGAAGCUGUACACGUCAGAUCACAAGUUAUGCGAGAAGUACACAGUGGAGGCCAUCAGCAAGGAAGAACAAAAAAUAUUCAAAGUCCAUAAGCUGCCCAUAGUCAACCACCCGCUUCCGGUAAAUGUCAUCGGUGAUUUUAACAGCUGGAAAAAGAGCGUGUUUGCCUAUCAGGAUUCUCUACCUUCCUGCAGACCAGGACAACACUUACACAACCCUUCUCCUUCGGGCUUCUAUAGCAAGAACAUCUGGUUUUCAGAUCAAUGCAAACUCCGUCGAUUUACCAAAACAGAUGUCUUACAGUGCCUGCAGAACAGAGCAGUUCAUAUUUUCGGCGACUCAACUUCUAGACAAUUAUACCUCGAGUUCGCAAAUAGGUACGAACCUGAGAUAGUUGGGAAUUCCCCGAAAGAUAUAAGUGAAAGUUUAGCUGGGCCUCUAUAUGCUAAGGGUGCUAAGUUUAACAUCUCAAUAGAUUUCAAAUUUCACGGCUUUCCUGUUCGUCCAUCGGGCUUUAUACGCAAGGAGACGAUCAAUUACAUUGUCAAUGAAUUAGACGAUCUCAAGGUAGACUCAAGAUCAGUAAUCCUUAUUUGUGUUGGAACACACUACACGACAUAUCCAUUAGAGAUGUACGAAGAGAGAAUGAGAGAUAUCAAAGCGGCUGUUCAGAGACUACGCAAGAGAAGUCCUCAAACACUGGUAGUCUUCAAGAGCGCAAACACCAGAUCACAUGCAAAGCUCCUUCAUCAGUUACACAACAGUGAGUGGUAUAUUAGAACGUUGGACCUAGCGUUGAGGGAGGUGUUGAAGGAUUCUCCAGAACUGGCUUUUAUUGACGCGUGGGAUAUGACCAUAGCUCAGAAUUUUAAAGACAACGUUCAUCCCAAUGCUGUAACAAUCACCAACCUUAUGAAUAACUUCCUAUCUUACAUUUGUCAUGAAGCUCCAAAGCCGCAGUGAGGUUUUAUUCAAGGAAUGUGCCCAUUUUCAAAGCGAUUUGAUUCAUUCAACUUUAUAUCAUUUCACAUGUUGAUUGUAUAAUUUUAUUUGAAUGCUAAUUUUCUCAUUCUGCAUAUUUCUUAGGCAUCAUUUACAAAGAAAAAAGAUAAACAACGCUUUGUCUUUAAGAAUGGUUAAACCUCCUUGUGUUGAUUCUUUUAAUUGUUCUGUAGUGAAGAAAUGUAUUCAUGUCAUAUUUAAAGCGUUGUGCUAUAUUUGCAGCUCAAAUACUGGGCAAAGGGGGUGUUUCACAAAGAUUCUAAGUUGAAAUUAUCUUUAAGUUGGACUUAAUAAUUAACGAAAGCCGUUAGCAUCUAUGGAAA